AUGGAAAGGAAAGUUAUUCUUUCCAAGACCCAGGCUAAGAACCAGGCCCAGACCCAAGUCAGGUGCAGUCAGAGGGGCAGAGGCAGGACCAAGGCAGGGGUGCCCUUUGCACCCACCUCCAGUGUCCCAGUCCAGCCCCAGACCAAAACCAGGGCCUUGAGGUCCAUGGCAGGACAGCCAGUCAGAUCUGUUAUUGUGGCUGGUUCUGGUCCUAAGGCUGAGGAGAAUGAGGGAGAGCAAGCCAUCACAGGAUGAAAGUACCAGGCCUCUACCAAGUCUGGGACUAGUAUUAAGGCCAAGGCCAGGGGGCCACAGGACUCUUUCAAGUCAGGAACCAGCAGGAGGGCCAGGGGGCAGGAAGAUAUUUCCAAGCCAGAGACCAACAGUAGUAAGGCCAGGGGGCAGGAGGUUACUGGUGUUUUCUGCCAACAGUACAGCAGUAGGGGGAGAUUGAAGGCAACAUGCAGACCAGAGGAGAAGAGAUCCAGGGGGAAAGAGGCACGGUUGCCCCCCUCUUGGGAGGGCAUGGAAGAAGUCACAAGCAGCUCCCCCACCCCUAACAUCCCCGCCACCACCACAGUGCACUUUGGUCCAGGCAUCAUGGUGCAGAGGAGCUGUAAGCACGAUAGAGGGGCCAAAAGGGCCUCUCGGAGGAGGAAGGUGAGUUAGAGGCCACUGCAUAGACCAUGGUUGGAGCCUAGGUUUCUGAACAGUAGUGAUGCACAUUGUUUGUGUGUAACGGGUGAUAUGAUGCACAUCAAGUCAACUCAAGUGUUGUCUUCCAGAGGACUAACGACCAGAGACCCUGUUCCAGAGGACUAGACUGUGCUGUGUGUGGGCAGCAGCUGCUGCCCGUGGCAGAGGGUACAUUUACUUCCCACAAAUAAACAUAUAUCCUUAUGUCAGUGACCCUCAAUCAAAUCAAAAGUGGAUGUUGUAACUUGUGACCAUGUACCUUAGGUGAGCUGCAGAGCACCGUGUGUGAUCUGGAGCAGAUAGACAGGCUUAGAGGCACCAGAGGGUGGGGGGCCACAGCUAUAGGUCCAGCCCAGUGUCCAUGCCUCUCACCCAGGCACCCAUGUCACCACAACCUCUCUAUCCUACUGGUUUCCGGAGCAUCGUGGCCAUACAGGCCCUUAAAAGCCAUCUUCAGCCUUACAGGGACAACAACACCACAGGUAGACCUGAAAGAAAUCAAACAUCUGACUUUAUCUUUAAUCUUUGCGUUGUUGCCUAACCUACAGGAAUUACUUAAUUUGUGAUUUCACGGUGGGGGUUUGGAAUAAUACAACCACAUACGAAGAACCUGCUAUUACAGCCUUUCCUUGUUCGGGCUUGUUUUAGUACCUCUUUGGGGAUGCCCAUAAAGAGAGGGAAGCGCUGUCAUAGGAGGUAAACACUGCAGUCAGCAAGAUGUUUCCAUAGUUACAAAACCCCUGCUUCAUUGAUGCCAUAAGUCUAUGCUGGAGAGCUCCCCUCUCUUUGAAGUGGGGGUGAGAGAAACCAACCUGUCUGAACGAUGUCCCAACUCUGAAAGGCUCUAACCUGGAUUCAUCCAAAUCACUGACUCAAUAGAUUAGUCAGGACAAAAGAAGCCAUGGUGCCUGCUAGAAUCCCCUAGUCACUUUUCCCUUUGACAGUGUUGCUAUCCAAGCCAUAGAAUAAGAAUGAAUCAUUCUAUUUCUGUGAUCCAAGCACCUUUGAUCCAUACAUACAGUACACACUUCCCCAACAGCAUUCUAUAGUUCCGUUGGUAAAAGUAUUUACGGUCCCUUCAAAGUAAUGAUCCAUUUAAACUAUCUGUCAUUAUAAAACAGCAAUCAGUGUCACUAGCCAAAAAGCGUUUAUACAAAUUCAAUUUCCCCCAGGAUUAAGGUGUAUGCCUUCCUGUGCUGACGAGUGGGUAAGUGAGUGGCUGGCGGCUCAGAGGCCUUUAAUGCUGUCUCCCUACAGGCUUUUCUGUGGGUUACUUUGCAUGGGAGAAAUGGAGCAUUUAGUUGUUUUGUCCUUUAUUUUCAUUUUCUCUUUCUCUCUCUCAGGAACACACACAUACACAUACACCCUACAAUGCUAUCUGGGAACCAGUGGAGUGCUCUGUGACAAGGCUACCACAGUGUAGAGGUUGUGCCUUCCAGAACCCCUCCUCUUCCUCGUCUGCUGCUGUGGUGGCAGCUGAGAUCCAGCACCCACGGGACCCCACCCUGGACCAG